AUGGCUCCUCGUCGCACAUGUGCUAAAAAUGCUACCACCCAUCCAGCCGAAAAACAAGCAGACGAUGACUGCUUGGCAGCAGCCAGGGCAGAAAAGGAAGCGGAUGCACUAGCAGGGCUCACCAGACUAGCAGAAAUGCAGGUCCAGAUAGAGGCUACACAGGCUCAAGCUGCUGAUAAGCCCAAGACAGUCAGACUGCGACCGGUUCCAAAGGGUCACCAGCCACAUGCCAGCCAAUCAGAGGAACCUUUUUCUAAGGCAGGUCGCCAGUAUGCCGACAAUAUGGAUGGUCAUGGUGAGACAUCAAAUGUGAAGGAUCAGAUUUUUGAUGAAGAUGAGUCAUUGGGUGGUAGCAAUAUUGAAAUUCCAGGCAGUACAAAGCAGAAGUCAAAGAAGCAAACACUUAAGGCGGCGAUCUCAGGUGUUAGGUUCCACAUUGAUGCAGAUGUCAACGAUGCGCGUGCAAACAACAAGAAAGGCAACUCCGACACUUCCGUGAACUGCGACAACGCUCAACAAGAGUUACUUCGCGAGCUUUUUUGCUAUUGCCUGUUUCCAUAUCAGUUCAUUCAUGGAGCUUUUGGAGAUGAGGACUUGGAUGAAACACUCGAACGGGAGGCAGCAGCAGUUAUGACAAAGAGUCAGGGUAAACAACCAGUGAUGUCUACCAUCAGUAUUGUAUCUACUAGCACUGAUCAUGACCUCGAACCACCAUCCAGCACUCAACCCUGCUUGAAGAACCGUGCCUUGAUGCCACCACCUUCAACGCAACCCCAAGCCAUAUCCAGCACAAAGAGGAAGAAGCUUGCUGAGGUCAUUGAGUUCUCUGAGAGUGAGAUCUCUGAGUUUUUGGACACGGACGAUGACCUUAUGGAGGUUGAUGGCCCGAGUGACAGAUUGGAUGCUGAUAUCAAGCCCGAGCCAGUGGUUCAGAACAGUGCUAAAGCUAUACGCACUACAACUUCUACGUCAGUGACUACCACCACUUGCAAGGCUCCUGCUCCUCCCUCAAAGAAGGUGAAACUCGAGAAAAAUACCAAACAGGGCAACAUCAAAUCCAAGGGAACGUCAACUGUGUUGCCUGGCACCUGGGUAGAACCAGUAUCGAAGGCGCGUUCAUCAUAUUUGAACACAGACCUCCCAUCAGGCUGUCAUGAGGAUGGAAAAUGGGUUCGAGUCUUUUUACCGACAGUCUUUCUGUGGCUCGGCGCACAAGAGGAACUCUGGGUUAUUGCUGAUGCUAAGUUGCUCAUGGCGUGCAAAGAAAUUUUCAAGGUCGUCUAUCCAGAUAUUCGCUACAACGUCACCACGUCUGGGUCUGUUUUUGGUGUUGUCACACAAUGUGUUGGUGAAUGGCGUAGCAACUUCAGGUCUACAGUGCUUGCUAUUGCAAUUGAUUUUUGUGCCUCCAAUCAAGAUUCAGCUCCAGCAGAACUCGCAGAACUCCUCCUUGUCAACUACGGCUUCCUAUACCCUAACCCUGACAACAUUGACAAGACAGAAACAUUUCGCUCUGUGUUUGUGCAGGAACUUCUUGCGACGGCGCAUCUGUCUCGAAUUCUAGGACAUGCUGACGUCCCUGUUCUCAACACUCGCAACUUAAUUAAACAUGGUUUUUUCAGGGCAUUGGGGUUGUGUGCUGUUUCGCUUGAACACACUUUCUCUCUUCUCGCUGAUAAUACUGUUACUAUCGACCAUGAGGAUCACUUGGGGUUACCGAUUACUGCACGGAGAGCUCAUCUCAAGACACCAAAGACCCUCAACAAAGCUACAGGCAAGGAGACGGUCUCAGAGCAUCCAUUUUCAAUUGCCAAGUGGAAAUCCAAGACUGACACAUUUAUAUGUGUGGCAGCUAAGAAGGGGGAGGCAGCAACAGAGCUCACUGUCUCAAUGGCAUGGAAGCUUCUGAAGAAACCCGGCUUCGAUAAGUACACCAGCAAUGACUCAUUCGAGGAUGAGGAUGAUCAUGCGGAUAUAUGUGAGCCUCACGCCUCUGGUCAACAUCUCCUUCAUGCAGCUUUUCAAUCCUUGUGCCCUCCACCUGCACUUUUCACCAUUUGGAACCAUUUCUUUGCUCCUCACUAA